AUGGGAAUGCAAUGUCCUGAAGAGCCGAAGAAGAGGAAGAUCGAUGUAGAGCAGAUACUCGAUUAUGCCAAGAGAAAGGGAUAUGACAGCAAUUGUGAUAUUACAAUUACACGGGAAUUGAGAGAUAUUAUUGAAAAAGAGGAUGAGCUGAAAAGGAAGGCUAGCCGUGCAGUUGGAUUAGCCACCGAUGGCGAAAAGAAGCCGAGGAUGGUCAAAGUGGGGACGGGGGAGUAUUUGGUGGUAUCUGGACUGGCUGGAACUUUGGUUUGUGGGGGAAGUCAUCUUCUGAGCACUCCGUUGGAUGUUCUCAAGUGCAGAAUUCAGGCAAGUACUCAUUUGUCAUCUUUUUGUUUGAGUGGCUAAAAUAGACAGAAGGUGGUUUCAGGUUGAUCACAAGAAGUUCCCGGAUCUCCAGACGGCUUAUCGAGUGACCCUGAAGGAAGAGGGAAUCCGUGGUCUGGCCAGGGGAUGGGCCCCGACUUUGAUUGGUUAUGGCGCACAAGGUUUCGCCAAGUUCGGAUUUUAUGAAGUACGGAGAUCUUUUUGAUAUGAUAUUAUUUCUUCAGAGUUUCAAAAAGUUUAUUUCUGAAACCGUUGGACCCGAACAUGCCUACAAUUACAAGAUGAUAAUCUUCGCCGCUUCAGCUGGACUAGCUGAAGCUGUUGGAGAUGUUGCGUUGGCUCCGUUUGAAGCCGCCAAGAUCCGAACUCAGACUCGUCCCGGAACCCCAGCUCAAAUGCUGAAAUGCCUUCCGGCCAUAGCCAGGAUUGAAGGGACCCACGGACUUUUCAAAGGAUUACCGGCACUUUGGAUGAGACAGGUAGAUUAUAAACUUUAGCUUGAGAUUAAAGCUAUCAAAACUUCUUGAAAUUAUUUUUCAUUACAGAUACCGUAUACCGUUUCGAAAUUUGUAUGUUACGAAUACGCCGUGGACUUCUUGCACAAUCUUUUCAAGAAGCCCAAAGCACAGUGUUCGAAGGUAGAGCAACUCCAGAUUAGCUUGUUGGCUGGAAUUUCUGCAGGUAAUUUAUUUUUACUUCCGAUUACAUAUCCAUUUCUUUUGUAAUGUUACGUAAUGAGUCCAGGUGUCGUGAGUGCCAUUUGUUCCCAUCCUCCCGACGUCAUCGUCUCUCAACUCUACAAGAAUCCGGAAUCUGAAUUUCGUGACGUCUGCAAACAGUUAGGAUGGCGCGGAAUCUGGACGGGAUUGGCGACCAGGAUCCUGAUGAUUGGCUCCAUCGCUGCUUGUCAACUCUUUGUAGUCGAUUCUGUGAAGCUGGCUCUUCAUCUAGAACGUCCCCCAUUGCCAUCAAUGCCCGAAUCGUUGAAGAGAAAGGCCGAAAAAUAA